AUGAAGUUAAAAAAAUAUUAUGAGAUUACAGAUAGAGUUAUAACACAUAUUCCAAAAACAAUACUAGAAGAAAAAAUAUUAGUAGCUUCAAGUAAAAAUAAAGAUUCAAAACAAAAAGAAAUUCAAGAAUUAAAUAUUUUUAAUUCAAAUAAUUUAAAUAAUUUAGAACAGGAUACAAAUCAUGAAUUAGAUUCUUCAUUAUCUUCAAAUGAUUCUGUUCAAACAAGAAAAAGAAAAAAGAAAAACAAAUCUAAUUAUGAUGAAUUAAAUAAUAAAAAAAGAAAAUUAGAUAACUUUUUAGAUACUGAUGAUUUAUUAAAAGAUAAUAAUCUUAAUAUUAGUGAAUAUUCGA